AUGCUUAGCGUUCGAACAUCAUUGUAUCUUAUUCCAGUAAAUGCUGAUAAAUUAGUAGUAGUAUUAACUCCAUAUAAUUCCGAAAUCGUCAAUUACUCCUACUGGGAAAUUUAUAAACUUAGUUUGAAAAAUUAUAAUCAUAUGGCUCAUAAUCCAAUAUAUUGUAAUUAUUCAAAUGUUAUUAUGACAAAUUCAAUGACAACAAAUCCUGAAAAUUUAAAUGAUCCUACUGACAUGGAAGAUAAAUCAACAACAACCAAUAAUGAUAACAAGAGGAUUCCAGUUGGAAAAUGGAUACCUGAAUUUGUUACAUCACCAAAAUUAAUUCACGCUUCUCUUAUACCUUUAGCUCAAUAUAAAAAAUAUAAAUCUAAUGAAAUUAAACAGAACACUAAUAACAACAGAAUCAAUAGUAAUAACGUCAAUAACAUUGUUAAUCAUUAUUCAAGAAGAAGAUUAUCACGAUCAAUAACAAUUACUUCUUUACCAAAAGAUGGAAAACGUACAUCUCAAAUAUUUCGACAACGUUUAUUAGAACAAAGCUUAUCGAUAUCACUUGUUGGUGCAGGUUCAACCAAUUUAUCGAAAAAUACUACUACCAGUAGUAUUACUAAAGUACGAUUUUCAUCUUUACCGUCAUCUUCUUCUCAAUCUAAAUUACCAAGACGUCGAUUAUCCAGAAAAGCUUCAUUAUUACCUUUAAUUUCUUCAUUACCGGAAAUAUCAAAAUCACGUUCCCGUUCUAUAACUCCAACUUCCCCUAGAUCUCCAAAAUCUCCUAAAUCUCCUAAAUCACUUAUAUCUAAAGAAUUGCCUCCUUUUCCCGCUCAUUUGGCACGUUAUAGUAUGAUGAAAAUUCCAAUAAUUUAUUUUUACAGUAUGUCUUUUCGUAUGUCAUUCUCUCAACCAAUAUUAACACUUAUUCAUAAUUCACGUUGUAACAAAUCAAAGAAUGCACAUUCAAUUCUUUGUGAAGCAUUAAAAAGACGACCAGAUACAACUACUACCACUACCACUAUUACUAAUAAUAUUAAUGGUAUAAAUCAUUUAGCUGAUAUUAUUAAACAAAAUCCUUCUAAUUUACAAAGACCUAUAGUAGUAGAUUGGAAUAAUGGUAAAGCUAUUAUUGCUCGUCCUCCAGAGAAACUUAAUGAAUUUUUGAAAGAGUUAGGAUAUUGGAAGGAUUGA